AUGACCUACGAACCCCCCGAAGGCACUGUUCUGCCCACAAACACAUUCGCCUCUGAUCUCGCUGAGAUCUCUGGCAUUCGCGACCAAAUCUUGGCCAACGGCUUUGCCCUCUUCCCUGACAGAUCAACCAUCGAGGUCAUUGUCAUGAGCGCCGAGUUCCCCGAGACCGGCUGGUACGGUGCUCGCUUGGUCGACAUCAGCGAUCGCCACCUGCUCUUGGGCAGACAGUUCGCUCAAGCUGUUCCUGAAGCACUCGGUCAGCUUCUGCAGGAGACUUGCGAUGCCAUUCGCGACUCCUACCUGCUCCAGAACUACCGCUCGCUCUAUCCCAGCUUGACCUAA